CAAAUUCAUUUGCAAAGCAGUGAGACGGAGCGCUUGGCUGCAAAGAGCCAGAGCUGCAAACUCAAAUUAGAAUCCCACUGGGAGGAAAAAACAAAAACAAAUCAAAAGAUUAUUAGAAGCUUUUUCUUGUAGCUUUCUCCUUUUCUCCACAUUUUUAAACCAAGUUUUGGGAAUUCUACGUGCAAAACAUUGGGGAAGUCUUACUUUUUUAACAAGGGAUUUCCAGAAAAGCAUCCUAUCCUAUCCAGCUCCAGUUUCCCAUCCCCAGUCCUUCUGUCAUCCAUCUUUCUCUCUCUGGAGGCAGAUCGGUUUGCAGAAUCUUAAAAGCUGGGAAUACUUUUUUCUGUCCAACGAAACAAGCAACAGAAAAAAAAGUAAGGAGGACUUGAAGGGAACCUGGCUCCAGUAAAAAUGUCUGAGGAGGUGCAGCUGGAUACCUAUCUGCAGAUACCAGGUGGGAAUGUAUCCACCCCAUCUUCACCAGCCACAUCCAGGAAUGAAUGCAGCAUCACACCUCUCACACCCUCUCCCUCACCGAGGGUGGAAAUCAGACCCCGGAUGGCUUGCCCAUUCUCUGUUGUCGUCGCCAUAGACUUUGGGACGACCUCCAGCGGCUAUGCUUUCAGCUUCACGCAGGACUCUGAAGCCAUACACAUGAUGAAACGUUGGGAGGGCGGUGACCCCGGAGUGGCCAAUCAGAAGAGCCCAACUUGUUUGCUGCUCACUCCUGAUUUGCGGUUCCACAGUUUUGGGUUUGCAGCACGAGAUUUCUACCAUGACCUGGAUCCAGAGGAGGCCCAGCACUGGCUUUACUUUGAUAAAUUCAAGAUGAAGAUCCACAGCACAAGUGACCUCACAAUGGAGACGGAGCUGGAGGCUGUUAACGGUCGAAAAGUUAGAGCUAUUGAGGUGUUUGCACAUGCUCUCCGCUUUUUCAGAGAGCACGCUCUGAAGGAGGUAAAGGACCAGUCAUCUUCGGUGCUGGAGGGAGAGGAAAUCAGAUGGGUGAUCACCGUCCCAGCUGUGUGGAGACAACCGGCCAAGCAGUUUAUGAGAGAAGCUGCGUACCUGGCUGGGCUGGUGUCUCCUGAAUGUCCUGAGCAGCUCCUCAUCGCCCUGGAGCCCGAGGCCGCCUCCAUCUACUGUCGGAAACUUCGGCUCCACCAGGUGAUCGACCUGAGCAUGCAGCCAAUUACCAACGGCCUGGAACUGGACGGAACCCGGCCCUUCGACUCCAGCUUCAGACAAGCGAGGGAGCAGCUGAGACGAUCCAGACACAGCAGGACCUUUUUGGUGGAGAGUGGAACAGGGGAGCUGUGGUCCGAGCUACAGACCGGUGACAGGUACGUUGUUGCGGACUGUGGCGGAGGAACAGUUGACCUGACAGUUCAUCAGAUUGAACAGCCACAGGGGACCCUUAAAGAGCUCUACAAAGCCUCAGGGGGUCCAUACGGUGCAGUCGGGGUGGACUUGGCCUUCGAAGCCAUGUUGUGCCAGAUCUUCGGUGAGGACUUCAUUCACAGCUUCAAAGCCAAGCGACCGGCAGCCUGGGUGGACCUCAUGAUUGCUUUUGAGGCGAGGAAACGGACGGCGUCCCCAGGAAGAGCCAACGCCCUGAAUAUAUCUCUGCCCUUCUCCUUCAUUGACUUCUACAAGAGACACAGAGGACAGAGCGUGGAGGCUGCUCUGAGGAGAAGCAAUAUGAACAUUGUGAAGUGGUCGUCUCAGGGGAUGCUACGGCUGACACAGGAAGCAAUGAAUGAGCUCUUCCAGCCCACCAUCAGCAAGAUAGUCAAACAUAUAGAGGAGUUGAUGGGGAAGCCAGAGGUCUGUGGUGUCCGCUUCCUGUUCCUGGUUGGUGGUUUUGCAGAAUCACCAAUGUUACAGAAAGCAGUCCAAAGAGCACUGGGAAGGACCUGUCGCAUCAUCAUCCCCCAUGAUGUUGGCCUAACCAUCCUGAAGGGUGCCGUUCUCUUUGGGCUAGAUCCCACUGUGGUCCGAGUGCGACGGUGCCCUGUGACCUACGGAGUGGGCGUCCUCAACCGCUUCGUGGAAGGACGACACCCUCGGGAAAAGCUUCUCAUCAAGGAUGGACGCGAGUGGUGCACGGACAUCUUUGACCGCUUUGUCUCCGUAGACCAGUCAGUGGCUCUAGGGGAGGUCGUUCGACGAAGCUACACACCUGCUAGGGUGGGCCAGCGAAAGAUCAUCAUUAACAUCUACUGCAGCUCAAAAGAUGAUAUCACCUAUAUCUCUGAUCCGGGCGUCAGGAAGUGUGGGACAAUAACCUUAGACUUACCGGAACCGUCGGCACCACCUGGAGCGGUGGGAGGAGCAGGAGCAGUAGUGGCUGGGCCAGAAAGGAGGGAGAUCAGAGCUACCAUGCAGUUUGGAGAUACGGAGAUCAAAGUCACCGCAGUUGACAUCAUGUCUAACAGGUCUGUCCAGGCUUCCAUAGACUUCCUGUCCAACUAAAGUAGGGCAGCAGCCUGAUGAGACUUGAAAUCAACACAACUGAUUUAACGCAGAGAGUUUAUGAUGUUCAGUCAGCAUUGAACAUUUUCAUGAACUUUCCUGUUCAACAUUCUCUGGACAGAAAUGGGAAGACUCUUUGAUUCAAGAGUGAAAUGCUGGAACAGAGUUAUCCUAAGUAUUGCUUAUCAACACCAAGGAAUGAAUCACCUAUAGACCCUACGAAGUAUACUACCUAGAAUGUUUAUUUUAUCCUCAUAUGAUACUCAGUACCUCAUUUAAGUCCUUAUAUGAAACCUUACUGGACUAUCAUGUUAUCUAAUAAGGUAGUGCUCCAUCUAGUGGUAAGAUGACAAAACUACAAGCUAAAAUAUAUGCAUUUACUGAAGGAUUGUGGCAUUAUCUCCAUUUGAAUGUUUUUGACAGCGACAUACCACUGCUAUGGUGUUAAAUAUUUAGUUGAGUCUGAUUUGUUUAGUCCAAAUGAAGUCUGGUUUGUGUUUUAAAGCAUUUUUCUAAAUUUUAUAUAGAAAUUUUACUCAGCUAUGAUCUGCUUAAGAUUACACUUUUACAAAAUGAA